AUGGCAUCCGGAGAUGCCGUGAUGAAUGGCGAUGUUUCUCGCUCAUUUGAAUCUCAGGAAGAGACGCUGCUUCAGAUGCGUGUCCUCAUCCAGGAGAACCGCAAUUUGAAAGAGGCUCUGCGUCAGACCAACCUAUCCAUGAAAGAACGUUUCGAGGAUCUGAUCAAUUGGCGUGAGAAGCAGCAGGAGGAGCGUCUUCUCAUGAAAACCAAGCUGGAGGAGAGCAAAGCUCAUAUUGAGGUCCUGGAGGAUGAAAAGCAGAAGAUGAACAAGAAACUACAAGAGGCGACCAUGUUGACCGUCUCGCAAGCGGACUCCUCCAGUCACAGCGCCGAAGUGGACGCUCUUCGUGCGCAGGUUAGCCGACUGCAGGCGGAGAAGAACGACCUGGUGGCUCUCAACUCAGAGCUGCAGCUGAAGACCGACCAGAACUCCCCUAACGAGUCCUUCGUGGAGGUCAUCACUGUGUCGCAGACCGGGUUGUCUUUUCAGAACGACGGUAGUGGCAAACAUCCUGACGUUGGCAUGACAGCGUCACGUCUGGACGGCGAGGACGUGACCGUCAGCAACCUGCUGCAAUCCCUCAGGAACGAGACUCAGCGAGCCGAGCGGCUGCAGGCCGAGCUGCACACCACCAUUGAAAGGAUUCGAGUAAUGGAGGAGAGAACCUAUCUUAAUGUGGCCGUGACAACGCAAACCUCCUUGACAGAAGACUGCAAAAACAAUCCUGAGAGUGACCAGGUGGCGUCCGAGUUCAUCAAAUCCCAGAUGAAAAUGCUGUUCAAAGAGCUCCAGCACGCUCAGAAGAAGCUGGAUGAAGCAGAAGGCAUGAAGAAGAACCUGCAGGACCGAUGUCGCGAAGUGGAGCACGAGGCGGCCAUUUUGAAGGCCGAGUUGGUGGAUCGACAGGCGGUCAAAACGGAGAACGAACGUCUGAAGCUUCAACUGGACAGCGUGCAGACGCAGAGUUUGAUGGUGCAGAAGAAGGCUGGAGAAGAGAGGAGCAACUUGGCCCAGCUGAAGGACGCCUACACUAAAUUGUUUGAAGACUACAAUGAGCUCAAAGAGGAGGGGGGAAAGAGAGAGGCUCACAUGGUGAACAAGGAGUUGGUGGAUGAUCUCCAAGGCCAGCUGAGUGCCGCCGAGAAGGCCCUGGCGGUCAAACAGGAGCGCAUCGACAACUUGAAGCAGGAGAUGUUCGCUAAGGAGAAGGAGCUGGAGACCAUAUCUGUCUUCAAGGCACAGGCCGAGGUCUACAUGUCCGAUUUCUACGCCGAGCGAGAGGCGAGAGAGAAACUUCAUGAGGAACGCGAGCGUUUGGCUGUCCAGCUGGAGUACCUGAGGAAGCAAAACGCCCACAUGCAAGAGGAGUUGAACAGAGAUUCAUUAAUUACCAUGCAAAGAAGGCACGUGGCAAAUCCAAACCCAAGUCCAACUUUGCUGGCAAGAGGAACCGACUGGCAACAAAACGUCUGUCCGAAGUGCAACGAAAUGCUGCCAGACCUGGACUCCCUGCAGAUCCACAUUAUGGACUGCAUCAACUAG